AGAACAGGUUUACAGUGAAGGGGUUUUUGCAGGUAUAGCUGCACUCAUACAUUAUGCUACAGAAGCUCUACUAUUCUGCAUCAAGUUUACAGACCUUGUUCAUGCCGAGGAUUUUAGACAGGAAGUGAAAUAACACAGAAAUACCUUAACUGACACCCUGCCUCAAUCUUUAUGUCUUUCUCUUGGGUCUGAUUUUCUGGUAAAACAGUUCCUUGAAGAGUGAUGUGGAAAUAGACACGGAAUGCUGUGAAACUGGGGAGAAAACCCCUGCAAAAAAAAGCCUAAUUCCCUUCCAUUUAGUGUAAUUUUGAACCAGGGAGGCUGAACAUGUAAUGGUCUCAGGAGGAACCCUACUUGCUCUUCAUUAAGGAGUAUUUGCAGCAGGGUCUGCCUGCCUGUAAUCUCAGGCGGAGAGACUGUUUCUCAGUUGCUAUUGCACUGGGAUGUGUUUGAGUCACAGUUUCCCUGCUCACAGUGACAAUGUGCAUUAUCGAUUUUGAUUUUUACGCUCUCAGAGCUGGAAUAAAAAAAAUCUACACAGCUUCAGAAGAGCAACAGGACCCUCUUUUUUUUUUUUUUUCAUUUUUAAAACACAGAAAAUGAGUACCUAUAUUCUGAUGGCCCUCUACAGCUGAUUUUUACCUUACCAUUUUCUUUAACCUAUCAAAACUCUUGUCUCCACUGAAACAAUCACAGCACCUUGAUUUUGUGCUUGCUCUUCUCCCAGCUGAUAUAUUCUUUGAUUUCCCAUGCUGUUCCUUUCAAAGAUGUCUAUACAGGAAUACUUCCUCCAGUAGACUUAGGGCGUAAGAAAACCCCACAGCUUGGUUUUUAAUGCCCUGAGACUGGUGCUUAAAGUAAAGCUAAAAGCUGCCCGAGUUGGCCUUUUGUUUACAGAACAAGAUACUGGGUCUCUUUUACUUCUGUAAGGCCACUGUUUAUCCUUAGACCAUAAGCUUUCUUGAGCAAGAGCUAAUUGUUGUUAUAGGUUUAUGUAGCACUUAAAAGAGAAUCCUGUUCCUGAUGGGGUCCACUCAUCGCUGCAGAAAACAAAUUAUUGUUAGUAAACAAAAACAAAUCUAGUACUAAUGAAAAGCCCUAGAGCAGAAAUGGCUGCACUUCUUCACGGAGCUGUGCUACUGUGCUGCUGCUCUUAAGGGGAUUUUUAUGCUUUAAAAGCUGCUACAGUAUUUUAUUUUGGUAUCUAGUUGAUGGAGUUCUGGAGAUCACGCUUACAGAUUUUCCAGGAUCUUACACACAUUAUUCCAUUAAGGAGGCUAGACCAGCCGCCAGGCUUGUUUCUUUACUGGAUAUACCUGGACUCAGUUUCUAUCAGCGGCUGUCCUGGCAGGAUCCUGACGUUAGGUACAUUAGACACCUCCCUGACUAUGCUGACAUCCAGAAUACUUUGGUCCAUAAAAAUCUAUGUUCCCUUUUAUUGUGAUACUAGGGAGAUAUUCAUCUCAAGAAAAAAUCAGAAUUAUCUGGUUCAAAAUGAAGAGCUGAAUGAUUCUUUUAUUAUUUAGGCUUUGGAUAUUACAGAGCUAAGGCUCCAGCUGGCAGUACACAAAAGACUGGGUUUACAUUUUGUUUUGUGCCAUUGCAGAUUCUAAGUUAGCUUAUGAGAGAUUCUGGGUAUGAGGAACAUAACUGGGCAACCAUUUGUGGGAAGCAGCAAGAUCCACUUGGACUCAAAUCUCAUACCUGAUUGUUUUCAGCACUUUUACCACCAGGACAUAACAGAUGUUGGUUCUGUUGGAAGCAGUGUGAGUAGUCAAAUGUCUUUCAGGUGAAUAACAUUUGGGAAUGUUAGCACAAAAACAAACAUCCAAAAAACCAAACAGGUGGCAUAUGACAGAGCUGUUUUCUGUGCCAUGGCUAAAAUGUUCCAAAUUUCAAGACUGGUUGGAGAAUUAGGAAUGCCAGGGUUUUGUGGGGGUUUUUUUGGUUUUUUUUUCUGAGAAGCCAGCCAAACAGCAGCUUGCUACAAAUCAGCAGAAUCCCAAGGAACCGGUACAGGCCUGGCACUUCCCUUUUUAAAAAAGUCUGCUAGAAAGAAGGGCAUAAAUGAUCUUUAAUAUACAAAAACAUUUUGUCUAUGCAACUGCAAGGGCUGUGUAGCCUGACUUGUGUGUCAUAAAAGCCACAAAAUAUCCCAGCACUUGCAUUAUGCAAUAGCUAUUUGGUUUUUCUUUUUCACGUUCAACAAUUCAAUAGAAGGAAGAAAUGCCUUUGAUGGCCAUUCGUAAGUAAUGCUGAUUACUGGCCUCCUACGAGCUUGAUGAAGUCCAGAAAAUCCACCGUUGACUGAUGCUUUCCCUGUGCAAAAUCGGAUUUUUGUAUUUUGCUAAUCCCCGGUUACAAUCUGUGUCCUGCUCUUUGUGAUCCACCCUGCAAUCAGAAUCCAGCCAGCCCAGAUGUAACCCAGGACAUUAAUAUAAAAUCUUGACGUUGGAAACAUAGCUUUUAUUAGCAUAAAUCUUAAAUACGUAAGGGAGGUGUUUACUGUGCGGAAACUUUGGGAUUUGUCUGGAGUGUUUCCUUGGGCUGAGGAGUACGAGGAGCUUUCACAGGCAAAGCGGCAAACUGGAAGUGGCCUGGAGCUGACACGCUGGAGCACUCACUGCCUGGGCUGGAUGGUUUUCUUGCUCUGAGGAGCAGGACGAGGUUGUAGGAGAUGCUCCACUACAUCCUUUGGAUCAUUUUCUUGGCAACAAUGAAGGCGAGAGGGGAGCUGCCAUUCAUUGCAGAAAACAACGCGGCUAUGAUGGUGAACUGGAAUGCAGCUGAAGAAAACAAAAAAUUAUACGCAAUUUAUGAUACAAGUGUGAACGAUCCCGGCAACAUGUCCUUCGUGAAAGAAACUGUGGAUAAAUUGUUGAAGGGCUACGACAUCCGCCUGCGGCCGGAUUUCGGAGGUCCGCCCGUCUGCGUGGGGAUGAACAUCGACAUCGCCAGCAUCGACAUGGUUUCCGAAGUCAACAUGGAUUACACUUUGACUAUGUAUUUUCAACAGUACUGGAGAGAUAAGAGGCUGGCUUAUGCUGGCAUUCCUCUCAACCUCACGCUUGAUAACCGAGUGGCAGAUCAGCUUUGGGUGCCUGACACUUACUUCUUAAAUGACAAGAAAUCAUUUGUGCAUGGCGUUACUGUGAAGAAUCGAAUGAUUCGCCUUCACCCGGACGGAACGGUGCUUUACGGUCUCAGAAUAACAACCACUGCAGCAUGCAUGAUGGACUUGAGAAGAUACCCAUUAGAUGAACAAAACUGUACUCUGGAAAUAGAAAGCUAUGGCUACACAACUGAUGACAUAGAGUUCUACUGGAGAGGUGGAGAUAACGCAGUCACCGGCGUGGAGAGGAUUGAACUUCCUCAGUUCUCUAUCGUGGAGUACAGACUGGUGUCAAAGAAUGUUGUCUUUGCCACAGGUGCCUAUCCAAGACUUUCACUGAGCUUCAGGUUGAAGAGAAAUAUUGGCUACUUUAUUCUUCAAACCUAUAUGCCCUCCAUACUGAUUACCAUUUUAUCAUGGGUGUCAUUCUGGAUCAAUUAUGAUGCAUCAGCAGCAAGAGUUGCCCUUGGAAUUACGACUGUGCUGACUAUGACAACAAUCAACACUCACCUGCGAGAGACUUUGCCUAAAAUUCCAUAUGUUAAAGCCAUUGACAUGUAUCUCAUGGGCUGCUUUGUGUUUGUCUUCUUGGCCUUACUUGAAUACGCCUUUGUCAACUACAUUUUCUUUGGAAAAGGCCCUCAAAGGCAGAAGAAACUUGCAGAAAAAACAACAAAGGCAAACAACGAUCGCUCAAGGUUUGAAGGCAGUCGGGUGGACACCCAUGGAAACAUUCUGCUGACAUCCCUUGAAAUUCACAACGAGGUGGCAAGCAAUGAGGUCACCACCAGCGUUACAGAAGCCCGAAAUUCAACUAUAUCCUUUGACAACUCAGGAAUCCAGUACAGAAAACAAAGCUCACAUCGUGAAAGCCUUGGGAGGCGUUCGUCAGAAAGACCGGGCUCCCACAGCAAGAGGGGCCAUUUACGAAGAAGGUCUUCACAACUGAAAAUAAAAAUCCCCGAUCUAACAGAUGUGAAUGCCAUCGACAGAUGGUCAAGAAUGGUGUUUCCAUUCACAUUUUCUCUUUUCAACUUAAUUUACUGGCUAUACUAUGUUAACUGA